CAACAAAACCUGCUUAGCAGGAGCCAAAUUUUGUUUUGGUUGAAAUUUACGAAGCCGAAUUGUCAUAAUAAUGAUUGCAUGUUGUGUUUCCAAUUAGACUAGGUCGGUGGAUAGUGUUGAACGUGAUUAAUCGAUCAUUUUCGUAACGUCAGUUGGAUAUCGAAUGGGUACGCAUAAGGCGCACACGGUCUGCAAACCCCCGAACCCCAGUGAUACCAACGCGUGUGCGGGUUUAUAUCAUUAGUGUAGAUAGUUGAAAACUAGUAAACAGCAAUCCGUUUUCGUGUUGGAAUUAUAAGCAGAAUUCGGUGACAGUGGUAAUCGCAGGUGACGGGUUCUAAUUGGAUAACGUCCUCGCCUGUGUGAUAUAUGAUUUCACUUUUCCAAUUAAAAUUCCCCCCAGCUGAACUCAUGUCUUAUUUAAACAAAAUCAGCUGAUUCGAGUAUGUUUUACACGUGUAUAUAGAAGCUCGGUCCGGUCAACGUAAUAUUUCUGUCAGAUCGAUGAUUCAAUCACCAGUGCUGCAUCAGAGUUAAUGUGGAUGUUUGUAGCAAUCAAUAACACGACUGACCUUGAAGCGUUACAUAAAAAAUAUCGCGUUGGAUCUAUGAACCAACUCGGGGAUUUUUUCGAUAACCGUCGGUGAUGUCAACUCGAGAGUGUAGUGUGCGAGGAAUCCACGCCGUGUAGUUGAAUAUUGUGAAGCUACCUUUCACGAAUUUUCUAACUGCAAGAGCAGAGUUGUACGUUUGGAUGAUGUAUCAUGACUAAAGCCAAUUUGCUGUCGGUACCUGAUACUGUGCAUUUGAUGACAUUACUGGGGCGAUAACGUGAUUUGCGCAUCUCAUGUUACAAGCGGACUCAAAAGAACAGGAGGCCUCCGAACGUCUUGUGAUCGCGAAUCGUAAGCGGCUAUCACGCAACUGGUAGAACCGGCACCCACCGUCAGCUCAAGUUUAUAUACAAACACCCACUCACACACACACAUUCACUCAGUUACCGGAAGUGUUUUGCGUGCGCGGAAUUCGUAAUCAGCAACAGCAAACGAGAAACGUGAGGUCCGGAGCCGAGGCCUACUCUGGUGAAUGGUCGAUUGUAACAGCCCACAGGCAACAGCAAAUAGCAAAACAGCCCGGGCAUCGCGAUGCUGCUCUGGUGAAUUCGGGUUGUUCGAAAAUACAAGCAAUUAAUUUAUCACGAUUCGCUAGUGGGGCCCAAAAUUGAUUCUGGCAGUAAUUCUCGGGCACCGAAGGACUCGACAAAUAAAUUAAAGUGUGGUUUUAGUUUCCGCGCGGGAUCGUAUUGUGUUUCAGGGGGGAAGGGAAUUGUUGGUUUCCCGCCGGGGGGAAAUAAGUGCGCUGCCGGUGUGAUUAAAUACAGUCGAAGUUUAUGAGCGCGAUAGCGGGCACCGGAAAAGGUUACUCACCGUUGUCGUCGGCAGCUUCAGCAACAUUUGAACGACCGCCGUGGGCAGCAACAGUAAAGUGACCAGCUAAUAUGGUCGCUAGUGAUUCCGCUUCCGAGCAGCAGCCAGCGGAAGUUCAGCGACAAAAGCUACGGUGUCGAAAUCAGUGCUACCUUCGAUUUCCCGACCCGGUCCGGGCCCGGGACUACCUUCCCGAAUCUCGAAAUUUCGGAACCUCAAGCCAUCAGCGCAGAAACCGUGCUGCGAAAUGCCAGCGACGGUACGGCCGUAGCACAUCCGGGAUGAGAGCGGUGCGACGGCUUCUGGUGCCGCUGCUGCUCUGUGCAAUCCUAACUCCGGCUGUUCCUAGCUACGGCGCACUCGUCGAGCCCGAAAGCCAAAACGGAACCACCGCCCCAUCGCUCGCGUUGAUAUCAUUAGCAAAUUUAAUUUCGACCAAUGAUGUUGAUUACGUUAAUGCAAAUAAUGACGAUAAUGUACCCAAUAAUUAUAAUGUUAGCGCCAACGCCAUAAUUAAUAGUGCAAGUAGUACAAGCCAGGACCGAGCAGAACGGCGACGCUCCAACGGCGGUGGCGGUCGUAAUCAGCGGGUUCCGAUCUACCUGAACGAGUUCGCCGUCUACAUCCCCGGCGGGUCGGGCAUCGCUGAUAUCAUCGCCGAUAAAUAUGGCUUCACCAAUUUCGGACAGAUCGGUCCACUGAAAGGAUAUUAUUUAUUUCAUCAUAGUCACGUUAGGAAGCGAUCCCUAGAUAGAAGCGAAGCUCACCACUACGCACUCAACACCGAACCGGAGGUUCGAUGGAUGCAACAACAGCACGAAAAGAUCCGCCGGAAGCGCGACUAUUCGACCUUCGAUGCGGACUAUGUGCGCUUUCCGGAUCCGCGCUCGCUUGCACCGGCCGCCAGCCGGGUGAACUAUCGGGACACCGGUUCGCACAACAUCUUCCCGGAUCCGCUCUUUAAGGAGCAGUGGUACCUGGUGAGUAGAAACGGUGGCGCCAAGGAUGGUCUCGACAUGAACGUUGGUCCGGCCUGGCAGAAAGGAUACACGGGGAAAGGCGUCGUGGUGUCGAUCCUCGACGAUGGCAUCCAGCGAAACCAUCCGGAUCUGCUGCAGAACUAUGACCCGGACGCUUCGUACGACAUCAACGGGAACGAUUCGGACCCGAUGCCGCGGGACAAUGGCGACAACAAGCACGGCACCCGAUGCGCGGGAGAGGUCGCAGCUGUGGCAUUCAAUAAUUACUGCGGAGUGGGUGUUGCGUACAAUGCCAGCAUCGGAGGCGUCCGCAUGUUGGACGGCACCGUUAACGAUGCGGUUGAGGCAAAAGCGUUGGGACUGAAUCCGGACCACAUUCACAUUUACAGUGCUUCGUGGGGUCCGGAGGAUGAUGGUUCCACUGUGGACGGUCCUGGACCGUUGGCACGGAGAGCCUUCAUUUUCGGUGUGACCAGCGGCCGCCAGGGCAAGGGAUCAAUCUUCAUCUGGGCCUCGGGUAACGGUGGCCGAUACACCGACAGCUGCAACUGUGAUGGUUAUACCAAUUCCAUUUUUACCCUGUCCAUCUCCAGCGCUACUCAGGGAGGCUACAAACCUUGGUACCUGGAGGAAUGUUCAUCGACUUUGGCUACGACUUACAGCUCCGGAACACCUGGUCACGAUAAGAGUGUUGCCACGGUCGACAUGGACGGUUCGCUGCGGCCGGAUCGAAUCUGUACCGUCGAACACACGGGAACAUCGGCAUCGGCUCCACUGGCGGCUGGCAUCACGGCUCUUGCCUUGGAAGCGAAUCCUUCACUGACGUGGCGAGAUAUGCAGUACUUGGUUGUUCUCACCUCACGACCGGAACCGUUGGAGAAAGAAUCCGGCUGGAUUCUGAACGGUGUUAAGAGGAAAGUCAGUCAUAAAUUUGGUUACGGACUGAUGGAUGCCGGUGCGAUGGUUAGCCUUGCGGAACAAUGGACCAGUGUUCCUCCGCAGCAUAUUUGCAAGUCUCGUGAAAUCAACGAAGAUCGGCCGAUCGAAGGAUCGGUGGGCUACACGCUGCAGACGCACAUGGACGUCAAUGGAUGUGCCGGAACGGUUAACGAAGUUCGGUUCCUUGAACACGUCCAGUGCAAAAUCACACUUCGAUUCUUCCCUCGAGGAAACCUUCGUAUUUUGCUAACCUCGCCAAUGGGAACGACCAGCACACUGCUCUUCGAGCGGCCACGGGAUGUAACCAAGUCAAACUUCGACGACUGGCCAUUCCUUAGCGUUCAUUUCUGGGGCGAGAAAGCCGAAGGUCGUUGGACUUUACAAAUUCUGAACGGCGGUCAUCGGCGCGUUAGUCAGCCGGGCAUUCUUUCCAAGUGGCAGCUGAUAUUCUACGGAACCGAUCAGAACCCGAUCCGGCUGAAAAACAACGACGGUCAGCGUGGGUCCGGUGGAUACACCAACGUAAAUCCCUUCGUUUUCCCCACCGAAACGGACAUCAAUCAACCGGCUCUGACCGGAGGAAACUACUACCAAUCGGAUCUGUUUUCCAACUCGAUGAACUAUCCGUACCUGUUCAGUGGAGCCGGCAGUGGAAUCGAUAAGACGGUUACGACGCUCAACGGACACAACAUUCCGACGGCUCAGCGGGAAAAUGUGAUGGCGGAUUCCAACAACAAACUGGUGGUGCUGCACGAUUGCGAUCCCGAAUGCGACCAGCAGGGAUGCUACGGCAAAGGACCUACGCAGUGUGUGGCCUGUAAACAUUAUCGAUUGGACAACACUUGCGUCAGUCGGUGCCCACCGCGGAGUUUCCCGAACCAGGGCGGUGUGUGCUGGCCGUGCCACGAGUCCUGUGAAACGUGCGCCGGAGCCGGGCAGGAUAGCUGCUUAACCUGUGCCCCCGCCCACCUGUACGUCACCGAUCUUGCCGUCUGUCUGCAAAUCUGCCCCGAUGGAUAUUUUGAAAACUACGACAACCGAACCUGUGUUCCGUGCGAGGCCAAUUGUGCAUCCUGUCAGGACCGGCCCGACUACUGUACCAGCUGUGAUCACCAUUUAGUUAUGCAUGAGCACAAGUGCUACUCGGCUUGCCCCAAGAAUACGUACGAGACGGAGGAUUACAACUGUGCCGAUUGCCACUCGUCCUGCAUGACCUGCAACGGAUCAUCGGAGUCCCAGUGCAUCCUGUGCCGUGCCGGACGGUUUGCCCACGAAGGACGCUGUCUGAAUGCCUGCUCGGAUGGGUUCUACGGAGACAAAAAACGGCACGAGUGCAUGGUCUGCCCGAUCGGUUGUGCGACCUGCAGCAGCGGCCAGAUCUGUACGAGCUGUCGCGAGAGCUGGACCAUGAACAAAAAGGGCAAAUGCAUUGCCAAUGGAAGCAACAACUGCGAUGAGUCUGAAUACUACGAGAAUAGCCACUGCCAUCCGUGUCAUUCGACCUGUGAAACCUGUACUGGCCCGACGGAACACGAAUGCUUGAAGUGUACAUCUCCGUUGCUGCUGCAGCAUCAACGAUGUGUCAACGAAUGUGACGACGGUUACUACAUGGAGGUGGGUGUCUGUGCCAAGUGCUUACACACCUGCACCCAGUGCGUUUCCCGGAUGAACUGCACCUCGUGUCAGAAGGGGCUUCAGUUGCAGAGUGGCGAAUGCCGUACGACUUGUGCCGAUGGAUACUACAGUGAUCGUGGAACCUGUGCCAAGUGUUAUCUGAGCUGCAACACGUGCAGUGGACCACGCCGGGAUCAGUGCGUCAAGUGUCCCGAAGGUUGGCAACUGGCUGGUGGCGAAUGUCAUCCAGAAUGUCCGGAAGGUUUCUUCAAAACGAAGUUCGGUUGCCAGAAGUGCCAUCAUUACUGCAAAACUUGCAACGCUGCUGGUCCGUUGGCCUGUACCUCCUGUCCAUCUCAUUUCAUGCUCGACGGAGGCCUCUGCAUGGAGUGUCUCGGCUCACAGUUCUACGAUCCACCAACGCAAACCUGUAAGACGUGCCACGAGAGUUGCCGAACGUGCAGCGGCCCGGGCCAGUAUUCAUGCGUCACGUGCGCUUUUCCACUGCAUCUCGAUCGACUCAACAACCAGUGUGUGCCUUGCUGUGCUAGCGACGCCUCGCCCGAUGACCAAAGCUGCUGUCACUGCGACAAAGGAACCGGUGGCUGUAUUAACUCGUCCCCGGCCGGCAAACGGCGCAUCGGUGCCGAGCAACAGUUGCUCCAGUUUGGCGAUGAGGCCAAUGCCAACGUUGCCGGUAGCAACGCGGCGGAAACCGGCGGUGCACAUCCACCGACGACGGCACUGGGCCAGCUGCUGCAGAGUGUCUCCCCGUCGACGAUGACGGUUCUGGCCGUGUCCGGCUGUCUGCUGAUAGUGACCCUGUUUGUAGUGAUCUUCAGUGUUUUGCAGAAGCGUAGCCACAGCAUGUACACCAGCGUUAAAUACAAUAAACUCGGUACCGGCCGGAAACCGGGUGGGGCCGGAGGUUCCCGAACCACAAGGAUAGCGAUUCCGGCCGAUGGCGAUGCCCUGCUCGAACCAAUUGUAAAUAAUUCUGAUGACGAUGAUGAUGACGACGACGACGAAGGUGGCGGCGACGUUCAUGGCGUUGAUGACGAUGAUGACGUUCCGGACAAUGGUGACCACGAGAUCCUUCAGGGAGCUGCCAGCAGCAGCAGCAGCAGCAACAACAGCAGCAGUAGCUGUGACACCCGAUUUGCGACCACAAACAUUGAACCACGAGGACGAGGGAAAAAGGAACGCUCCAAGCGGUUCGCAAGGACCUGAAAUGCGAGUUCGCUCUCGGUCAAGUUAUGCGGGGGGAAUUCGGGUGGACGCGGGAAUUGGUAAAUGUGUGCUAUAAUAGGCGAUAACAAAUUAUUAUAAAUAUUUACUUAAGCGACAGAAUGGAUGGUAGAACGCGAGUGAAAUUGACAGUGAGUAGGGCAGGGGGAGCUGAGAAUCAAACGGCCGAUGUUUUUUUUUUGUAUCUCGGGAUGGUGAGUGUUCGGAAUUUUCCACUCGAGGUGGAUGCUUUUCCCGGCCUGAUAUUGUCUGUGCAGGAGCCUAAAAUAACACGUUUCCUUAGACGAAGGAAACAACAUACACAAACACACUCACUGACACCGUUCGACGAAAAGUGAGCUCGCGUGCGUGGGUCGAUGUUGUGUGAUAAACAACCUUUCUUUCGAAAAUUCUGUUAUUUUUAUACACUAUUAUCAUUAUACACAGCAGAACGAACAGAUAAGCAAGAUAAAAGGGCGCUGCCGUGAUGGGAGGGUAGGGGAAUGAUUUAUACACUGUUAAGGCACUUUUCAAAUUCAGAUUAUUAGAGAGGUGACGGAAAGUUCCCGUGACUUUCCAUAGUUUCCAUCUCCACGCGGACGAGGAAAAUGGUUGCGGUCUUUCUGGCAGAGCAAUUCAAUGACUUCUUUACCUACUAUCUAAUUGUCAUGCAAACAAAAUAAACCGUAAUUUUCACUUCCAUUGAGUUACAGAGUAUCGUUAUUUCCACAUUUUCGAGAGAAAAUAUUGGAAAUAGAGAGUUCAACAGAAUAUUUGGAUAUUAGGCAUUUGAAAUUUUUUAGAACAAUAGUUAAAAUCGGAAUCCGCCAGGAAGUCCAACAACCGAAAGAUACGGAAUAAAUGUUAAUAUGUAAAAAAUGUAUAUAAAACUUAGAACAUUAAAUCGCGAUCGAACACCGGCGCAUUAGUUGAUGAUAACGAGGGAAGAGGGAAAAAGAGAGUUUGCGAAGUCGAAGAAAGCUCAAUUAAUCCUACCUUUUCCACCAACUGCAGAUCCAAACAACCGAUCCAAGACAGAGAAAAACAAAAUAGGAAACAUCUUUUCCCAUGAACCAACGCACGAUUGCAAAAUUACCAAUAAAACAAUGAAACUUUCCGUUACAGAAAAUCGCAGCGUAACUGAUUAGUACUUUUACAUUAGUAUCAUUAAUUAGAUAAAAUGAGCAGGAAUUCAGUGCUGCAUUCUACCACACUGUCACUUGUUGUUUGUCAUUGCCCUGAACUGUAAUUGGUUUUGAAAACCAUGCUCCCAAACUCUAGCGAACGAUGUACUCUGAUUUAUGUAAGCAUCCCUCAAACUGUCCUGCGAGGGGCUCUGAAAUCUAACGCAGGAGAGUCUUCUUCUGUCUCUCCAUGAUACUAAAUUCUACAAAACGGAACGAGAAUCGACCAGCCGGCGAGAAGUGAUACGAUGUUAAAUAGUUAAUUGUUUAUAAUUUAUACAUGAGAACCGGAACAAAAGAAAAUAAUUCGCUAAGCGGUUGAUAUCGAACCGACAGGAUGCGAAGCACUAACGCGUGAAUUUGAAUCGUGCUUUAAAUGUUUAGGUAAACGAUUAUAAACUAACAAAAAAAUCUGAGAAUGGACCGGAAUCAAUGAAAGCAGCCAGCAAGCAAGUUUUGAAAAAAUAAAACAUACCGAGAAAUUCAAGCAAGACACUAUUUUGUAAAAAAAAGGACAGAAACAAUAAAAAAUUGAAACCAAUGUAAA